CACAGUCUCUCACACACACGCGAGCAUCCCGGAGGGUAUUUAAGGCUCGCGCUCGCGGAGCUGCGGAGAUACUUCGGCCUCGCGACUCGCGCUUGUGCCUUGGGUGCAUUUCGUUUCCUCUCUCCUCUCCGCCUGGGACGCUGCUUCCCCGCGGGCUCUCGCGGGCUGCCUCAGCCUUUUUGCCUUGAACUGCGUCCAGGCGGGAGACAGGGCGGCGUGAGGAGACAGCGAAUAGGUGGGAUCCGGCAAACUAGCGGACGCAACAGGUCCGGUGCCCGGUGGCGAGGGGAGCAGCGGCCUCGGCCGCGUCGCUCGGACCCUGCGCUGCGCUCCUGGGCGCCUCGGAAGCGGUGUCUGUCCUCGGGGAGUCGGGAGAGCUGUCCGAGGGGGCUUCAUUUCGGGCUUUACCCCGGCGCCCGCACGUCCCCGGGCGGAGGGUGCUUUUGACUCCGGCUGUGAGGAGCGAAGGGCGCGGAGGAUGCUGCUCGCCCGCCGCGCUGGGCGCUGAGGAAAGCGGAGUCCGUCUCUGCGCCCCGGCUCUGACCGCCAAGUUGUGCGGCCACAGGGACUGAACUUUGGAGGGAUCGCCCUUUUUCUUUCCUUUGAGAUUAUUGGGGGUGAUCGAGGGUGGGAUUGAAGCCGAACCAGCCGCCCCUGCCACGAUGCUGGUGAAGAAGCACGCGGGGAAAGGAGGGGCCCGGGGCCCCGGAUCCGAGGACCCGAGCCCUGCCGGGCAGCGUUGUGCCUGGACCGUGACCCCGUGCGCGGUCCUGGCGGCCCUCCUGUCAGGGGUGGCCUUGAUGUCUUGUCUCUACCUGGGGGUGAAAACCAACGACCUGCAGGCGAGGAUCGCUGCUCUCGAAUCCGCCAAGGGGGCCCCUUCCAUUCGUCUGCUGCCAGAUACCGUGGAUCAGCUCAAGGCCAUGGUGCAAGAGAAAGUGGAGCGACUUCUGGCUCAGAAAUCCUACGAACAUAUGGCUAAAAUAAGAAUUGCAAGAGAAGCACCUUCAGAGUGUAACUGCCCAGCAGGCCCUCCGGGGAAAAGAGGUAAGAGGGGCCGAAGAGGAGAAUCUGGUCCUCCUGGUCAGCCUGGUCCUCAGGGCCCUCCUGGUCCAAAAGGUGAUAAGGGAGAACAAGGUGAUCAGGGACCUCGGGGCCUGCCGGGCUUCCCCACAGUCGCCGCCCUGCACAGCAAUCAGAUCCUCACCGUCAAGAUGGUGUUUCCUAAAAUCAAUCAUGGGUUUCUCUCUGCUGAUCAGCAGCUCAUUAAACGCCGCCUGAUUAAGGGUGACCAAGGCCAGGCAGGGCCUCCAGGCCCCCCAGGCCCUCCAGGCCCUAGAGGGCCACCUGGGGACACAGGGAAGGACGGCCCCCGGGGAACGCCAGGAGUGCCCGGUGAGCCAGGAAAACCUGGAGAACAAGGCUUGACGGGACCUCUGGGGCCUCCAGGACAAAAGGGUUCUGUUGGAGCACCUGGAAUUCCAGGAAUGAAUGGGCAAAAGGGUGAACCUGGGUUACCAGGAGCAGUAGGACAGAAUGGAUUACCAGGGCCAAAGGGAGAACCCGGAGAACAAGGAAAAAAGGGAGAUGCUGGAGAGAACGGCCCCAAAGGGGACACAGGAGAAAAGGGUGACCCUGGAUCAUCUGCUGCAGGAAUUAAGGGAGAACCUGGAGAAUCUGGUCGUCCAGGGCAAAAGGGUGAACCAGGGCUUCCUGGGCUUCCUGGACUUCCGGGGAUAAAGGGAGAACCAGGUUUCCUUGGUCCUCAAGGAGAACCAGGCUUACCAGGGCUACCAGGAACAAAAGGAGAACGUGGGGAGGCAGGGCCUCCUGGGAGAGGUGAGCGAGGGGAGCCCGGAGCCCCUGGACCAAAGGGGAAACAAGGUGAAUCAGGAGCUAGAGGUCCAAAGGGGUCAAAGGGUGAUCGUGGAGACAAGGGGGACUCUGGCACGCUGGGACCGAGGGGUCCACCCGGUCAAAAGGGGGAUCAAGGAGCCACCGAGAUCAUAGACUACAACGGCAACCUCCACGAAGCCUUGCAGAGGAUUACCACCUUAACUGUCACGGGUCCCCCUGGACCUCCCGGACCUCAAGGACUACAAGGGCCAAAGGGAGAGCAAGGAUCUCCAGGUAUGCCAGGAGUUGAUGGCGAGCAGGGACUCAAAGGCUCAAAGGGGGACACGGGGGACCCAGGUAUGCCAGGUGAAAAAGGAGGAAUUGGACUUCCUGGUCUACCGGGAGCCAACGGCAUGAAAGGAGAAAAAGGAGACUCCGGAAUGCCGGGUCCUCAGGGUCCUUCCAUCAUAGGCCCCCCAGGCCCACCAGGUCCCCACGGCCCACCCGGCCCCAUGGGACCCCACGGACUUCCUGGACCAAAGGGUGAACCAGGGUUAAAUGGUGUUAAAGGAUUGAAGGGUGAACCAGGUCACAAGGGUGACAGAGGACCCCUUGGUCUUCCAGGAGCAUCUGGCUUAGACGGAAAGCCAGGAGCCCGGGGUACAGAUGGUCCUAUGGGACCCCACGGCCCUGCAGGUCCCAAAGGAGAAAGAGGUGAAAAAGGAGCUGUGGGAGAGCCCGGACCCAGAGGGCCCUACGGCCUGCCCGGGAAGGAUGGAGAGCCUGGUCUUGAUGGCUUCCCUGGUCCACGGGGUGAGAAGGGUGAUCUUGGAGAAAAGGGAGAAAAGGGAUUCCGUGGCGUUAAGGGGGAAAAAGGGGAGCCAGGCCAGCCUGGCCUGGAUGGGCUGGAUGCCCCUUGCCAAUUGGGACCAGAUGGAUUACCCAUGCCUGGCUGUUGGCAAAAGUGAUGAAUCUAACCUUCCAAGCAUGAAGUUGUAUAUAUAAUGGUCCACUUUUUAUAUUUAUAGUUGAAAACUGAAUUGCAGAUUGUACAAGUCUGAGAUAUGUUUACAUAGGGCUGCUUCUUCCUGUUGGCCGUAGCACAAAUGUCCAUGUUCCCACUCACAUCCGUGAGACCAGCGAGAAGCCUGCAGAGACACAGCGCAGUGUCUCCUGACCCUAAGUGAAGACAUGUAUUUAUGCGGACAAAUCAGUGAUGGAGAAUGAUUAUACUUGCUAUUUUCUUACUUUGGGCUUGUUAAUUGCAUGGACAAAAAGUGCCAUGAAAUAGUUUACAUGAAAUUGUGACCAAAUAUGGACUCGAAGCUAUGAAAAUGUACCAUACUGACCAACUUUAGCGUUUAUUGUCCCGUUCUCAUUCACCUUCCCUAUCAGCACUGAUUCGUGCCCACGCUGCCCAUUGAAACUGACUAAAAAAGCAUGACCGUGUGCCAACCCUGCUUACCACGCAACUGCAGAUGCUAGCAUGCUGAUCAUGGGGCCUUUGAUUGCAUCUAAACUUUUAUUCCUUUUGUCAUCUCAAGGGGGUUACACCGUGGCUUAUUGCCAAAAAGAGAUAAGGUGGUGGAGAGCACACCCACAGCUUGUCUUGUAUUUUGAGGGAGUUGCAGUCCCGAUUGCAGAUCUACGGCUUCCGUAUUGCGGGCUCACGCGGCCACCGUGGUUGAAAUACCAAGGGCGCCUGUUGCUGCCGCCAGUUUUCCUUGGGCUGCCCUGGGCAGUGAAGACACAGGAAGAGGACUGGCUCGGCAUCCGGCACUGUCUCUCGUGUGACCAAGUAGGAAAGAGGUUUUCAAAUGCAAACACCCAGAACUGCAGACAUUUUUUAAGAAUAAACCAAAUUCCAGCAAGUGUUUAUAUGGGUGCUUUUGGAAAAGGACAGAGGCAUACAGCACUUCUUUCGGAAUGGAGGUUCUUGAAAUACCCCUGUGCUGAGGGAAAAGGGUCUGUGUAUCCCACCCAAGCUCAGGCUGCUGAAGAAACAACAUGCUGAGAAGGGGUCGCCAGAGUAACCUCUCCCGAGGGUGUCAGGGAGCCACUGUGCCGUGUCUGCCAAAGAUGGUGGAAGAGCUUCCUUCCUUCUGAGAUCCAACCCACAGCAAACAUUUUCUACAAAGUUCUAGAAACAGAAAGAUAUUUUCAUUCAUUUUAAUCCUUCUUUUUUUGCCCCAGAAAUAUUUAGAAAAUAUUUCUUUCAGGUUUUGUCACAUCUGUUUUGAACAAUUUUUUUUAAGUCUUCAAAUCAUACUAAUUUGGCUCCAACAGUCAAAAUGAACUUUUCCUGAUUUCUCUCAUUUUGGAUAAUUGAAGAGAACAUAAAAGAAUCUCUAUUUUCAGUUUUAUCAUUGUAAAGCAUGAAAGUUAAGCAUUUUUUUCAGUACUUUUUGACUGUUUUACAUGAUGAAUGUAACAUACAUAGAGAUUAUCAGUUAAUAUAAAGCAAAGAUUUUGUCACAUUUGAUAGUAUUAACUAAUCUCUAUUCCUUAUGGUUCUAAGUUUUGUCUAUAUUUAGAUUUCUUUCUUGCUUUUCUUUUUUACUUUUUACAUGUUUGUCUUAUCCUUUAACCAUAGACCAAAUCUGGAGAUUUCAGAAAGCUGUGAAAUAUAGUUGCCAUAAAGAGAGUAUUUUUCCAUCUACUUGUGCAGAAGUCUCCUGUGUUAGACUGAGCAUUUCUUUGCACAGUGAAGAGUUGGUAGCAUGUUUUGAAAUGGCUUAUUCUUAGUGGAAGGAUCCCAUUUGGAGAAACAUUGUCAAUGAGGAGCAGUUACCUUUUCAGCACAUCAGAGAAUUUCAUUUCUGUCCUGACUCAGUGCCAUUUUGUGGGAAGAUUUCUAGUUUCAUGCAUAAGUUUUCACCACCAGAGGGGAACUGAGCUCAUCAUUGGCUUAUGGUGAUAGUAGUGAAGCUAUAAUUGUUAGACAAGGAUCCUAAGAUCCUCAUGAUCUCUUUCAUAUUAUGUAACCGAAGGAUCGUUCAUACAAAAUGGCAUCUUCCUUUUUUAUUCUGUUGAGUUUUCCAGGUUAGAUAGAUGUUUAAACUAUUAGAUCAGUCUAAUCGGUAACAUUUCUAGUAACAUUCCACACCUCUAAGCCAAUUUAGCAUUUUUAAAAUAAUGGAGGGCAUUUUCUAACAAUUUCUUACAUGGCAUGAUGUUAGGAUAAGGUAUUGCUCAAUGUCUGAAAGAAUUUGUCUUAAGUGAUUUGUAAAAAUGAAAUGAAGGGAGUGAAACUACAUUCUCUUCAGAAAAACACACUAGAGAAAACAAACUUGGGAAAAGUCCGGUGGCUAUAUUUCUUCCUUUCUUUCUUUCUGCUACUCUAGUAGAAAGAGGUAUUGAGAUGGGUCACUAUUUAAAACUUGCACAGCUUCAAAAGAGAAUACCUCAACAUUGAAGGAGAAUCAUUUCAUGUAUAAAAAAAUUUUUUUUGAACACCGCCCUUUAAAUACUGUUCUGUCUUGUGUGUGCAUUGGGUUUUGCUCUAUAACUGAUUUGACAACACUGAUUUAUUUUAUGAUUAAAGGAAGUUAUAAAUUUCCAUUACAUUUAUUUCUUAGGAAAAACAAAGGCAUGAUAGUCCUCUUUGUUCAGUGGAAUUGCUAAGUCUUGACUUCAUGGAUAAUCCUAAACUAAAAUAUUUUCAAGCACCUAUUUUGUCAUCAAUAUAGAGAAACCUCAAAUAAUUAUUAAAUGAACUAUCAAAUUAUGUUUGUUGAUAUAUGUUGGUAGAUAACAUUUUUUACUUAAAGACUUCUUUCUUUUAAUUUAUACUAUUGGAUAGAGAGAGGGUUGCAAAAAAUAUAUAAAAGAUACAUUGGAAAUAAGGCAAGGUCAGGUGGUAUUUCUGAUAAAACAUUUCUGAAAGAUGCCAAAUUAUUUUUGUGUUUUAGAUUUAAAAUGGUUUUCCAUUCAUGUUGGUUGGUGCUAAUGUAUUUCUUUUCUUUUUUAUGAUGGACAAUGCAACUACUAUGGAUAAUUUCAUUUCUCUAUUUAAUAGCAUUCCUAAAUCGGUAGUGUGUGAUUUUAUUUUUAAAGUUCAUGAAUUUGCUGUAAUUGUGAUUCAAUGACUAGCCUUUCUUAAUGUAAAACAAAACAACGUACCUGUAGACGUUGUGUGUUUACUGGGAUUGUGGAACCUUUUGUUUCAUAUUCAUUUCAUACAUCACAUGCGUUUCUCAACUUUCAUUCAUUCAUCUUUUUCAUUCACUCAUUUUUUUAGCUUAUAUGAUUUAAUUUAGCAGGACAAAACCAGUGUUAGAGAAGUCUGCAUAUACCACAUAGAGGACCUGGCACACAAAUACGCUUGAUUGUUUUUUUUAGUUUUCACUACUCAUUAUCAAAAGCAAUCUUGGAGGAUUUUUCUUUCCCGUGUGAUUUUAUAAAAGACAUUAGAGUAUCUUUAAUUUCUACCAGAAGAAAGUUCUUGUUUUUGAACUUAUAGUCUGUGCAUAUGAUGUUCUAAUGGUACAGCAUGAACAUACACAUCAAGUAGUUUAUACUACAUGUCCUUUGUCUAACAAUAUUGUCCAAUAA